CUUUAAUCACUUUUUUAUACAACCGGCUCCAGGCGUUUUGUCCACGGGUUGCGGUUGGGCAAAUCUAUAUUUAUGUAUUAAAAUAAUUUUUAAAUCUACGCCCACGGUCGUUUAUGAGAGUGUUAUAUGGCCAGAUUGUUGAUAACCAUGGUUAAUUCCAGUGUGACUUUUUUGUUUUUUUAUAUCUUGUUUUCCACAGGCGUUAUGAUGGUGUAAUUAUGGAACUACAUCGUGGUACCCAGUGCUCCUCUUGUGGCUUGCGUUUCAAAGAAGCAAAUAAUGAAAACUACAGACAACAUUUAGAUUGGCAUUUCCGGAUGAAUAGAAAAGAAAAAGAGACUGUAGCAGCUCAUCGAAGUUGGUUCAUCACUACGGACGUAAGCAUAUAAGGCUCAUUAAUUCAUCCUUUAUAGAAAUUGGGGUAUUUUACAGUACCACAAUAUGACUUAUACAGUAUAUAAAUAGAAUUUCUUCUUUUCAGGAUAUAACGCUCAAUAUCACGUAACUUCAAGACUGGAAAACACUGUCUACCAGAUAGUGAUUUUUUUCAACCUUUGACUUUGUAAAAUCCUUGAAAAAUUGUGAAGUUAUACGCAUAUACCGACCGCAUAAGAAAUAUAAAAGAAUUCAGUUUACAAAGCUGAAGUUUAAUGUAGUUAUACCAAUUAACAGCCAAUCCUAGAAAGGUUGAACAAAAUACUAUCCGGUGUAUACCACUAUACGGCGUUCGCACAACCAAUCCCUGAGCAUUAACGUAUCAGAUAUGUCUAAAUUCUACUGGCUUACUUUUCGGCACCAAAUUAUUUUUUGUGUGCGUGAUUUGAUACAUGUUUUAAAAUUAAUGAUUUUAGGACUGGUUGGAGUUUGAAUCAUCCGAGGAUCCUAAAUUAAAAGGUACAGACUGAAGCGUUUUACUAUAAUUGUUUUCACUAUAUAUAGAUAUAAAAAACUGUUACGUAUCGAUUCUGACAUUGAAUAGAACAAUGAAACAUUUUUCUCUCGAGCGUGAUUCGAACUCACAUCUUCAGGUUCCUAGACCGCCGCCCUACCCGUUCAGCUAUCGAGCCGGCGAGGAUUCACAGCGAAUUUUAUCCAAAUUUAAGUGCAUGAAAUAUUGUCGUGAUAUACUUGUCGUGGAGAACGUAUAAUUUUGAAAUUCAAAUCUCCACCCCUCUUGGAAAUCAGUUCUUGCUGCGGAGGUUAGCGUAGUAAAAUAAAGUUUGACCAUGAUACCCUUCCACCAUAUCGUAGUGCUUAAUUUCUUGAUAAUCCUCAAAGUUAUGAAAAUCUAUGGAAGAACUUUCAUAUUUUUUUCCGGCACUGGAGAGAACAACGAAAAAUUCUUCAUCUCAAGCGGGAUUCAGGAUUACCUCCAAAGAAUACGAAGAUCUAUUAUUUAGAUUUGUGUGAAUCUUCAAAUUAAGUACAUGCGCGGUAGCCCAGUCACUUGAAAAUCAACUGCAAACCUGGGCCUGAGGGUCCCGCAUGGCGGCAUGGGCAUAUUAGACAUUUUGCAAAUUUUAUACUCUCAUCAGAUUUGAGAGAUUUUCUCCCAGAUCGUAGGUAAAGCUAGGUGCCGGUCUAUAAAAGCUCAAGGCCCAACUGAUAACUAUAGUAACAUGGCCAGGCAUAUUUUUCAAGCUUGCCCGGUGUGGAUAUACACGCAGAGUAACAUCACAAGCAUCAUAUUCACCUGAGCAUAUAACACCAACACAAAAAAAUCAUGAUAUUUCCUAUAAGCCAAAAUUGAUUUUCUGAGGCCUAAUUUCUCACCAAUUUCCACGAUCACCAUCCUAGUUGACUUGCCUCGCUCGCAAUGUAGGCGCGGCUAACUGUUAAUUAGUUUUGGCUGCCUGCAAGUUUGGUUCAUGUGCGAUUCUAUAUUUUUCUAGCUCGAAGUGCUGUAUUUGAAGCUGAAUCUGAAGGAGAAUCAGAGAAAAGCGAAGAUUUACAGGAAGGAAGUUGUCCUGUCUUAAUUGAUGAUAAUGAAUCUGAGAGAGUAAGUACCACUUGACUUAUGGCAUGGUUUCUGCUCCAACGAUUAGUGUAUUUUCCUUAUUUGUGAAUUUCCGUAAGCGUGGCUGGAGGCAACAAUUCUGUCAUCAAGUGUAGUAUAUUAUAAUUCAACUAGAUUGAUCUUUUUGCAUGUGACAAGUUGUGUCACACGUGUGCUUGCCGACCAUGUUGCGACUUAUUUUAUACCCACGAUGUCAAACUUGUUGCAACCACGAGUCGUCAAACGACGGUAGGUAACAACUGGCAUUUUGAAGUGCGAACACAUUUGAUCGAUUUCCUACCGAAUUGCCUCUUUGGGGGUUCGGGACAACUUUUGAGAUUUUAAGGUGUUUUCGUAUGUCGCGUUUUAUUACCCGCUACACUCUAAAUAAUACUCACUGACUCUUUCACAUAUUAUUUCAUAUAUGAAAUUAAGUGUGGAAUGGGAAUGUUUCAUGAAACUGAUUUUCACGUAUUCUUCCACAUGUGAAAGUAAAGGUUUAUGUGACAUAUGUGACAUUUUUGUUAGGGCACAUCCAUUUUUCAGUCUUCAUAUUUUAUAUAUUUUUUCUCGAAACAGCAAUGUGAUAUUUGCUUCGAAAAAUUCGAAACAUUUUGGGACGAGACAUCUGAAGAUUGGCAUUACAAGAAUGCAGUAAGAGUUGAUGGAAAGGUACAAAUUACAAGUUGUGUUGUAUUGUUAAAUAGGCAAUUCCAGCUUUUAGUUUAUGCCUGCAGGGGAUGAUGGGAAGUAAGGUAUCAUAUUGCCGAUUAUGCUGAAAAAAUUCAAUAAAAACUACCGAAACAACCGAAAUAUUUCAUAUUUACAAGUAUAAGCUAUCACUCCGUGCUUACACGGCCACCAUUUUUAUUUUUUCAGCAUAAUCAGCAAUAUGAUAUAACUAAAAGCUUGAAUUGCCAAUUAACUUUAUUUUUAUUUAAUGUAACAAUUCUUAAAGGGCCCAUAGUAAUUGGUGUAUACUGUUGUGGUGACCCUGCCACUCGUAUAUUUUAAGUGGCGAAGUUUAAUAAAUAAAUUAAUUUUAUUUGUAAUAGUCUUGUAUAAUAUUUAACAUUGGACGAUUGCAUUUUUUAGACAUAUCAUUAUUUGUGUUAUCAAGAUGCAAAAGAGGUAAGAUGACCAACCGUUUAUAUGACUCCUAGUGUAGAAUCUGGAGGCCUUUCAUAGUCUCGCGGGUGUGGUGAGAAAGUAAGCGGCUGCAUGUCCUCAAUGCAGGAAUAUGUUUACUAUUAAGGAAAUAAUUUAUGACAGUAUUAGAAUUGUUGUCAUCUUUUUUGUACAUUUGUUUCUUGGUCAAUUAACUGAACAAGCUAUUAAGCUUUAUCAAUAGGAUAAACGCUGCAUGAUUAGGAUGAGCAGAGGUUUUUAAAUAAUUAAACUUACAUAUCUGACUUUAUUAGUUUAUUAUUACUAUUCCUUUUCCAUUGCUUAAAAGCGAGAUUGAUGCACAGUAUAUUUUAAAGAAAGUAGCUGGCAGUAAACCUCAACACUCGCCACAGCCUUGUCCCAACUAACCUGCGACCAGGCUUUUAUAGCAUGAAUAGACACUGCCUUUUCAAACUAAGGCCUCUUUUCCUUUUAUCCCAAGAAUCAACUCGCAAUCUCUCUGCGAGUACACCAAUCACAAUGCUCGACAGUUUAUUUUAAUUUGGUACUUGCACUUGCAGCGAGCUUGCAUGCGAGUUGGUUUUGCGAUGGGGGAAAAGAGCCUUAACUGGGUACUAAAACUCUAACCGCACUGUACCAAUGUUAAAUCUAAUUGUUUUUACAGCUGUUGGACUUUAGAUUAUCAUUUCUAGAUUCUAGACAUGCGCUAGUAAAUGCAAGCGCAACAAGGCCUAUUUACUGUAACAAACUUUUCCCACAGUAUCAGUGCAAGCCUGGAUUUAGUAUUUAGCAUGCAGGCAUGUAUGUCAUUUUUUGUGGGACACAUCUCAGUCGUUUUCCAAAGGAAUUGACAUGGUGGCACUGGCGUACGGUAAAUGGAUCAUAGAGAUUAUAUAAUGUUAUUUAUUAUAUGGCUUUUCAAAAUUCUCUGUUCUGAUUGGUUGACAAGCGGUCCGUAAAAACCCAUAUCCGGACCGUGGUCCGUAUUUUUCGUAUCUGGACCGGUGUCCCGGAUGUCGUUUAUCUGGCGGGAAAUUUUUGCUUUGCAAACAGAAAAAAUUUUGCUUUUUAAAUUUCCAAUUGUGCUUUACAGAUAAAAAUUUCAAACAACCAAAUUGUUUAAAACUGACGAUAGCCAAUUUAAUUUGCGCGAAAAGCAUAUGCUCACAGACUCAGUUCAGCCAUAUAAUAAACCGAUUAUUGACCUCGCUUGUUCGGUCUGUACUGUGAAAUAUCAGACCUCUGUUUUUUGCAUGGACCUCGCUCCUUCGUCACUCGGUCCAUGCUAAAAAACCUCUGUCUGAUAUUUCACAGUACAGACCUCACGCUCGGUCAAUAAGCCGUUAUUACAAUCUCUAUGAAAUGGAUGGUAAAUCUACUCUUCAAUCAUGUUUGAUAGAUUAUGUUUGUAGAAACCGGUUUUUCUCUCGAUAUUUUACUACAAAUAUAAAAGAACAGGGUUUUUAAAAUACUUUGCUAAGCAAUCUGACAUAUGUAUGUGAUUAUGUUCUUAUAUGCAGGCUGGUGAUAGUGAUGUCGAGGCCAGUGAUGAAAGAGAGAAUACUGAAGACAAUGAAGAUGAUAACAACGAUACUUCAGAGAAUAACGAAGCAGUUACUAUAGGAAGUAGCAUUACUGACGAUAAACCAUCUAUAGUAACGCAGGAUACUACACUAGAAUCAGGAGUAGAUUCAGUAGUACAGGGGAGUGAUGAGCUAGCCGUAAACAACUCCAAUAAAGAAGAGAUAAAAACCGAGUCUUCUUAAAAUUCUACAUUCCAUCACAUUUCUUCAGUAUUCGUCGUGCGUCGUUCCGUUGUACAUGGCUCGAAUACGAUCCAUUACAUGUGGAUCGUACGGCCGUGUCUAUUUCUCAUGUUGAUUAAUUUUUGUUUUGCCCGUUUAUGUGUUCGUCUUUUGGGGUUGAAAAACACAACCAUUGCAUUCGGAAUAAAAGUUGCGUUUACACAGACUGAUAUUUGGGCGUUCCCAUACGAUUAGGUCGAUUAGGAGUACAAAAUUCGUUAUUUGUGCGCCAGUCACGCCAUAACACUGACAUGCGUAAAAAAUAUAGCGUUAUUGGCGCUUAGCGUUAUUGUACUCGUUGUAUGUAUGCACUUGUUAUCAAACUUAAAGCCCUCUAAUAACCAUCGUCGUUCGAUAUAUAUUAUUGAGUUUAAGUUAAGAAAAUUAAAUUGACGCAACAAAUCACGGUCUGUAAACGUAUAAUAAGAAUUUAAAAUUAUCUUCGUGAGAAAACUGCUUCACGUCAGGUCUUAUUCACCACAUUCUUUUCGUACAUGAUAUGUGUGUUUCUCAGUUUGUUUGUCUCAAUGUUGUUGUUUUUGUUUGUUUCAAUGUUGUUUGUCCUAUAUGUUGAUGUUUGGACGGCUGUAUUUUUUCGUGGUCGUUGAAAUUGAAGCCCACCUACAUCUUGAAAGUGAAUGAGUUCUCGUCCAGAAAAAACAACAAUUGUCCAUUUUAUUUAUUACAUUGUAUUGAAUGUAUAUCAAGUUUAACCAUUCACGUGAACUGGCUGUAGUAUUUGCAGAGCAAAGCGAAAAUAUUAAAUUCAUAAAGAGACAUUCCCUCUUUUUUAAAAUAUUGUGAUCUUGUGGUCUAAAAGAAAUAAAAGUUUGUUGUUUAAAAACGUUGUGUAGUCC